AUGUUUGAAGCAGUUAUAGCCUCAUUAUUGAAAGGUUAUGUUGCUCGUUAUGUUGAUAUAAAUGCUGAUCAAUUAUCUGUUCAAUUACUUUAUGGUCGACCUAUUGUUGUUGAAAAUUUAACAUUUAAUAAAACUGAACUUAAUAAUGAUAUUCGAACAAAAUUAAAAUUACCUAUUGAAAUUGAAUCUUUACAUGUUGGUAAAAUUCAAUGUUCAUUUGUCUGGAGUUCAUUAUUUUUUCGUUCAUCAUCAGCAGCAUUUAUUAUUAAAGUUGAACAUGUACGUGCUAUUAUAAAACCAAUUAUUCUUGAUGAUAAUGAUAAUCAAACAGAAGAAUCAAUUGAAGAAGAUGAAAUAUUAAAAAAACAAAAUCAUUUAGAUUUAUCUGAACAACAAUUAGAAAAAGAAUUUGAAUUUCUUGGAGAAGUUAAAUCAUCAUCAUGGAGUUUAAAACGUUUAAUAUUAUCAUUUUUAGAAAAAAUUCAAGUACAAAUUAUUGAUGUACAUAUAAGUUAUGAAAGUUUUACAUCUGAUAAUACACCUUAUACAGUUGGAUUAUCAUUUGAUAAUAUACAAAUAUCAAAUGAAUUAUCUAAUGAAAAUAUGAAUAGGAAAAUUUUUCAAAUACAUAAUCUUGCUCUUUAUGCUGAUACAAAUACGAAUAAAGAUCAAUCAUCAUCAUCAUCUGUUCAUUCAUAUAUUUUAUUACCAUCAAAUUCAAUAAAAAUUUAUUUAACACAUAAUUAUUUACGUUCAGCAUUAGUUAAUCGUCGACAACCACGUUAUGAACUUGAAUGGACAUUUGAUGAUUUAAGUUUAAAAUCAAGUAUUGAACAUAUUAAAAUUUUAUCUGAUGUUACUCGUUUUAUACAAUAUUCAAAUACACAUAGAAAAUUUAUAACUGAUCCAAGUCGACCACAUAUGAAAAUAUCUAAACAAUCAGCUAAAUUAUGGUGGCGAUAUAUAACUUUAGUUCUUAUACGAACACAAAAUUAUUUAAAAACACCUGUUUCAAAUGAACAAACACAUACAACUACAAAUUUUUGGUUUAAUUCAAAUAUAUUAAAUAAACGUUUAACACAAUUAAUAACAUAUAAACGUUUAUAUCGUUUAUAUCUUGAUAAUAAAUAUUUAAAACGUUCAACAAUAAAUAAUUUUACUCAAGCAGAUCGAUUAAUUAUGAAUGAAAUUGAAAUGGAUUUUAAUCUUGAUUGUUUAAUUCGAAUUCGUCGAGUUAUAUUUCGUAAACGUGCUAAUGAAAAAUUUAGUUUAGUUAAUAAUCAAAAUCAAACAGCAAAUAAUGAUGCAACAGGUUCAUGGUAUAUGAGUUAUGCUAAGUGGAUUAGUUCAAAAACAGUUGAUCUAUGGAAAACAACAACACCGACUGAUAUUAAUCAAGCAAUUAUUUCAAGUACAACACCUAUAAUACCAUUGAAUGAAAAUGAUGAAAAAUUACAAGAACAAGUCAAUACUUUUAUAGCUCAAUCAUUAGAAGAUGAAGAUUUAUCACAACAUCGUCGAGAUGCUUUAUAUUUACGUUUAAAAUUUGUAUUGAAAUCUGUUCAAAUUGAUUUAUCAUCGAAUGAUGAAGUCCUUUUUAAUUUUUCAUUGAAUAAUGUAUCUGUAUUAACGGAAUUAAGACCAAGACAUCAAUCAAUAUUAUUUUAUUUACGAUUAGACGAUUUAAAUAUUUGUGAUCGAUUAAGAACAGAUGCAUUUUCAAAUAUUGUUUGUCCAAAACAACGAUCACAAGAUUCAUCUGUUGGUGCACAACGUGCUCCAGUUUUUGAAUUAUCAUAUGAAACAAAUGUUCCAGGACGAGAAUCAAAAACAAAACGACUUUCAUUUGCCAUUGCUAUUCGUAGUCGUGGUCUUUGUUUUGUUUGUUGUCCUAUAUCAGUUGAACGUCUACGUAAUUAUUUCUCAUCUGCAUUUACUGAACCAUCAUCAAUACCAACAUCAUCAUCAUCGCCAUCAUCAUCAAUUCUUCAACAUUGGACACAGUUAAAAGAACGUACAACUAAACAAUUAAAAUCUGCCAUUGAUCAAAUCUUUUCUCCAAUAACAUCAACUAAAAUGACUUCAUCAAAUGUAAAACAUAUCAAACAAGGUCAAAGAAGAUAUAAAAAGAGAUUUGAUAUCUAUCUUGAUAUUUGUGCACCACAAAUGAUUAUUCCUCAAUCAUCUGAUCGUGCUCUAAUUAUUGAUUUUGGUUAUUUAACAUUUAUCAAUGAUGAAUAUAAAAAAUCUUCGUGUCCGUUAAAAAACUGUGAUAUGCAUAAUACGGGUUCAACAUCACCAUCACCAAUAACAAAUUAUUUUCAACAACGUCCAUAUUUUUUCAAUGAACAACGCACAUCACCUGUUUCAUCAGCAAUUAUUGAAGAUGAUGAUGAAGAAUUUUUAACACCUGAUAGUUCACCAUUAGCAACUGAUGGUUUACCUGAAACAGAAACAACAAAUUAUCCCGUUAAUAUCAUUCCAAGAGAACAAAGUUUAUCCCCUACAAAUGAUACAAAAGAUCUUAUAUAUUCAUCAUUUUCAUUAUCAUUAUGUGAUAUGCAACUUGGCUAUUUAACUUAUACAGAUAAUCAAUCAAAAAAUAAUCUUUCAUCUAUUAUUGAAAAAUUUGGUGUUUGUUUUUUAAUUCAAUAUCGAACAGUACAAACAUUUGAUCCAUUAUGGCCAUUGAUAAAGGUUUCAGGUACAUUACCAAAAGUAAUUAUACAUCUUGAUCCAUCUUGUAUUGAAAUAUUAUGUGGUACAAUUAAUAAUUGGGGAUCAUUUAUUGAAAAUUUAACUUCAUCAAUUGUAUCACAAUCUGAUAUAACAACAAAUAAAAAGACUAUUGAUGAAUUAAGUGCACGUUUAGCACUUGGUUUUCGUAUUAAUGAAAUAAGUAUACAAUUAAGCGAUGAUUUACGUGCAUUAACAGAAAUACGCAUACAAAAUAUUGAUUUAACAUUAAUGAAUCAUGUUCAUUCAAAUAUUGUUUCAUUUAGUGUACAUACAUUAAUGAUUAUUGAUGCUUUACAAAAUCAUGGAAAAGAUUAUGAAUUAAUAUUAACAAGUAAUCGUGCAUUAGAUAUAAAUACUCAAACAGGUACAUUAUAUGAAUCAAAUAAAUAUUUAUCAAAUAUUGAAGAUGAAUAUUUAAUACGUGUUAAUAUACAAUCAGCAACUGAUAUACAAACAAAUGAAAAUUGUUUAACAGUUGAUAUACAUGUUAAUAAAUUACAUUUUCUAUUUAAUCCUGAAACAUUAUCAAUAUUAACAAAUUUUUUUGUUAAUAUUAUUUAUCGUAUGAAAACACUUCUUCGACAAAAUAGUAUUAAAGAAGAAAAUGAAAUAAUAACGAGAAUUGAAAAGAAAAGAACAACAAGAUUUCAAAUCAAUAGUGAAUUUCAAGAAUUAAGUAUUUUAUUUACAAAUGUUAUAACAAUAAAGUCUAUAGGUAGAAGAGUUUUGGGAACUAAACUUGAAAAAAUAGCUGCAGCUAGAAUAAAACAAGCAUCAUGUAAUAUUUUUCUUGAACCAUCAACAAUGAUUGAAGCGGAAAUAUGUGCUUUACAAAUAUUUAAUCUUUUACAUGAUACAUCAAUUAUAACACAUAAUGAACAAUCAAGUGCUAUUAUUGAUUUUGGAAUUGAAGAUAAAAAAUAUACGAAUCAAGACAAAGUUUUACCUAGUAAAGCAUUUCAUCUUGUAUAUACAGAUAAUAAUAAUGGUAUUGAGGAUUUAGUUAUUGAAAUGGCUUCAGUUUGUUAUACACAUUCACCAAAAAUUAUUUUUAAAAUUGAAACAAUUCUUAAUUAUAUGGCUCAACAUUGUCAUUCAAAAAUAGCUAUUGAAAUGGAAAAAAUGAAACAAAAUAUGAUUAAACAAGGAUCUAUAUUACUUAAUCAAUAUGUUCAUCCAAAUGAAUCUAUUUUCGAAACUGUAGAACCAACUCGUCAAUUAAAUUUAAGUAUUGUUCUUGCUACACCAAUUUUAAUUUUUCGUCCUCAAUCAAAAUCAGUUUCAACAAAUGCUCGACUCGUCUUUCAUCUCGGUGAUAUUCAUGUUGAAAAUUCUGAAAAUCAUUCAUCAAUUUAUGAAAUAAAAAUUAAUGAUCUGAAUUUAUUUUCUGUUGAUCUUGAACAUGAAUUUCGUCAAAGUCAAGGAGUAAAUCUUAUACGAAUGUAUAAAAAUCCUCGUUCACCAUUACCUAUACUUGAUAAUAUAUCUAUUCAUCUUAAUCUUAAAUUAACUGAUACAUCAACAACAAUUGAUUCGAAAUUAGUUUCAUCUGUUCAAAUGUUUCUUGGUAAACAUCAAAUAACAUUAUUACAAAAUAUAAUUAGUUCAUUGACAUAUAAUGAAAAUGAUCAAGUCGAUACACCAAAUACAAAUAUGACAGAUGAAGAAUCAUUAUUAUUAUUUGAUGAAGAAGAAAUAAAUCUUCCAUUAAAUGAAACAACAACACAAACAAAAUUUAAAACAUUUGCAAUACAUUUUCAAUUACCAGAAUUAAUUCUUGCAUUUCAAUCUGAUUUAGAUUUGAAACCAACGAAAGUAUGUGAAGCAAGUUUUGGACAAUUUCAUAUGUCAAUUGAACAAUUACAUCCAUUUUGUAAAAAUAUUUCACUUCAACUUAAUUCGCUACAUAUUAAUGAUAAUUUAAUUAAAGUUGAUGAAUGUCUUUUUUCAACACGUUGUCGAAAAAAUUCAUCGUCAAAUUAUUUUCGUAAUGAUCAUAUGAUGUCAUCAUCAGUUCCAAUAGAAAAAUAUCAAAUACAUGAUGAUUAUGCUUCAAAUUCAGUACCAGCAUAUAUGGAAUCAACGAAUAGUUCAACAUGGACAUUAGCAUCAUCAACAUCAUCGAUAAGAACAGCUACAAUAUCAACAACACCAUCAUUUAUUGAUAUAAAUAUAACAUUAAUGGAUAAAAAACAUGAAAAUUACAAUGGAUUUAAUAUUAUUGCCGAUGCACAAUUUGGUGAAGUUAAUAUUAAAUUUAUUAUUUCAACAUGGGUUAUGUUGUUUGAUAUUAUUGGUUUAAUUGGAGGUACACCAUCAUCAACAACUACAGAUAUUCGAGAAAAUAAAGAAUUUACUUCAACAUCCGAUACUGAUUUUAUGCAAAUAAAUAUUCAUAUUGAUGCUGUAUCUUGUCUUCUACAAGAUGAUCAUAUUCCACCAAUAAAUAUUUCACUUCAACGUUUCGAUUGUCAAAUUCAAAAUUUUCUUACCAUUGAAAAAGCCAUAAAAACACUUAUUAUUAAUGGUAAACUUGGUUCAGUUUCAAUUCAUGAUUUAUCAUUAUUUGGUCAAUUAUAUGAAGAACGUUUUUGUACAAGUGGUACAAAUGCACUUUUAUUUACAUAUACAAAAGAAGAAGAUCUUAUACCAAUAAGUUCAUCCAAUUUUCCAUCACGUUUACAACUUUAUUUACGUAUGACAUCCGUUCAAUAUAUUCAUACGCAACGUUUUCUAAUGGAUCUUAUUCAUUUUUUUGAUCGUUUUCAACAUGAUCAAGAUUGUUAUAAUCGUAUAAGAUCAGCAGCAGCUGGACAAACUAUAUCAUGUUCAGCUGGACGAUCAACAGGUAUUGAACUUGAUAUAGAAGCUGAAAGUCCAAUAUUGAUUUUACCUGAAUAUGCACUUAAUAAACCUGUUAUUAUUCUUCAUCUUGGAAAUAUAAUUAUAAAAAAUCGUUUUCUUUUCGAUAAUGAACCAGGUACAUUAAGUUCAAUUCUGAAUAAACCAAAAGAAUCUAAUUGUUUACUCGAUGUUAUAUCUGUUCAAUUUCAAGAUACAUUACUUUAUUCAGCUACAUAUUGUAAAUUAGAUACAAAUAUAAAACCCACAGUUAAAUUUACUAAUUUUGGUUUUCAUACAAUACGUGAUGAUAUAUCAUCAAUGUUACGUGAACGUUGUUAUUUUAAUAUUCAUAUUGAACGUAAUCUUGAUAGUUCAUUAAAUCAUUCAUCACCAACAUAUAGUAUUAAAGCUGAUCUUUUCUCAAUUGAUAUACUUCUUGAUACAUAUCAAUAUUCACUUAUUCGUGGUAUACUUGCAUAUAAUAUUGGUGAACAAUUAGAACAACCAACACGACCAGCAAUGAUGAUUGAUGAUCCAUUAUGUGUAUCAACAAUCUUAACUGGUAAUGUUUAUAUUGAUAUGAUAUUUAUAAUUCAAAUGGAUAAUGUCGGGUUUGAAAUAUAUAUUCCAAAUGAUUCUAAACGUUAUUCAUUAGGUUAUUGUGCAUUUUUAAAAUCAAAUUUUUCAUUUGAAAAAUAUUCAAAUAACAAUCAAGUACUUGAUUUAACAUGUUCAUCGAUUAAAUUAACUGAUACACGAAUUGAGAAUACAAAUCAAUUUCGUGAUAUACUUACAUCAUCAUCAUCAAUGGCAACAAGUAAAAGUCAAAUGCAAUUAGAAAUACAUUUAUUUACAUCAAAAACUGAUGAUAAAUAUACAAUUGUAUUAAAUCAUACAAGAAUAUUAUUUAUUAUUGAUUGGUUACUUAAAUUAAAAGAUUUUCUUAAUUCAUUUCAACAAAUUCCACAACAAACAAAUCCAAUUCAAUCUAUGACAAUACCAGUUGAAACAAAAAAACUUUUUGAAUUACGUUUAAAUUUUAAUCAAUCAGAACUUUUACUUGUACAAACAACAAAUAAUUCUCAAUCGAAUGCACUUGUUUUAAGUGGUAUGAUGAAUUUAACAUAUCGAGAAUCACAACAAAGACGUCCAUUAGAUUGUAAUUUAUUCAGUAUGACUUUAUUUUCAUGUCAAAUGAAUAAUAUACAAUCAACAGCUGUAUCAAUCAUAGAACCAAUUAAUAUUAAUUUUAAUAUACAUUUAUCACAAACAAAUGAACAACGUGUAUUUGAAGUUAAUUUACCACAAUUAUUUAUACGUUUAUCAUACUCCGAUGUUAAAUUAAUGUUAUAUAUGUUUCAAUCAAUAACAAAACAAGUUCAUCAAGCACAAUCACGUGAUAUAAUACCGGAGUAUAAAAUUUAUCAACCAGCACGUCGUGUAUCAGUUGAUAAUGAACUAUUAAUCGAAUAUUGUCCGGAAGAUAGUCAAGUUGAUUUUCGUAUUCGUUCAACAAUAGCACCAACUAUUAGUGAACAACAACAACGACAAAUAUCAUUGAUACAAAAUAAGAAUGAAAAAACUUCGAAAUUAUUUUUAAAUAUUCAUUCACUGAAAUUUUCAUGUGAACAAAUAAGUCUUUGUUUAAUUGACGAUUGUCUUAAUGCAAAUAUUCCAUUAUUAAAUUUAACAUUUAAAACAAUAAAAUUAAAUAUUAUUGAAUAUGAAACAUAUCGUUUACAACAAGCUGAUUUACAAUUUAAUAUUGAUUAUUAUAAUCGUUUAUUAUCUGGAUAUGAACCAUUUAUUGAAUUAUGGUCAUUACAAGUAACAUUAAAAACAUCGGAUAAUUUAACAUCAUUAGCUAUUUGUUCAAAUCAUUUAUUAAAUAUAAAUUAUACGAAAACAAUGCAUCAAUUAUAUGAUUUAGUUAAAAAUAAUUGGCUUGAAGAUUAUUAUAAUACAAAUGAUAUUAGUAAAGAACAUAUGUAUUUUCGUCGACCAAAACCGUUCGAACCAUAUUGUUUUAAAAAUCUUGUUGGACAGCGUGUUAUAUUUCGUACAUGGUUAUCAACACAACAACGUUUUGAUUUAAAUGAUCAUAUUGUUGAAUAUAAUGAUACAAAAUCAUUUAUAUUUCCCAGCGAAACAACAAUAACACCAGGAACAAAAGUUAAUACAAUUAAAGAUAUACAAUCAUCAACAUCAUCAUCCUAUUCUGAUCGACGUUUAUUAAUACAAAUUGAAGGUUGGGAAUGGUUACAACCGAUAUCAAUUGAUCGUGUUGGAACUUUUUUUCGACUUGCUUUACCAUCAGGUGAUCGAUUACAAAAACCGGUACUUGUUUUUAUUGAUGUAACUAUGACAGAUAGUUCAAUGCGUUCAAUAACAAUUCGAUCGGCUAUUGAAAUACGUAAUCAAUUAUUAACAUCUGUUGAUGUUCGAUUAAAAUGUGGAUCAGGUUCAUUACAUGAUAUUCGUUUAGAACCAAAUGAAAUUCGUUCAUUACCAUUACAAUUUUGUCCAACUAUAAGACAAUUUCAAGUACGACCAGCAGAUUUUGCAUUUAAUUAUUGUGGUGAACCUAUUAAUUGGAUGGAAAUUUCUAAUGAACAAAGACGAAGAGGACAACCAAAUGAUGAAAAUGAUGAAAAUACUUCAACUGCAGAAACAAAUUCUUUACAACGUCAACGCGAUAUAAAUUCAACUGAUCGCUUAUCAUUUUUUCGUACAUGUUUUAUAAAUGGAAAUGAUUCAGUUUAUUAUUUAUGUGUACAAUCAAAACGAACACGUUUACUUGCAUUUAGAGAACAUAUUCUAUCAGCAUAUCAAUUAUCAAUAUUACCACCAUUAAUUAUAAAUAAUUUACUUCCAUGUGAUUUAUUUUUUCAAAUACAUUCACAUCCACAAAAAGUUCGACUUAAUCCAUAUAAAUCUCAUCGUGAACAUACUUUAAAUAUAGGUCAAGCUAUUGAUAUUUUUUUUGCGACAGAUAUUUAUAAUAUGACUAAACCAUUACAUGUACCAUCAAUAAAUGAUUUAAAUCUUAUGAAAUAUCAUCAUCAAAAAGUGAUUUUAUAUGAUAGUAUUCAACGAAUGUUAUUAGUUGAUGUUACUAUUGUUUGUUCGAUUCGACAUCGAUUAAAAAUAUCUGUUUCUGUUCCUUAUGUUUUACUUAACAAAAGUGGUAUUCCAUUGAUUUUUAAACAAGAUGGUUCUUUAAAUGAAGCAGCUAGUCAAACACAUGAACAUGAAUUAGCUCGAAAUCGUGAACCAUUAUUAUUUUCAUAUAGUGAUUCAGAAGCUUCUCAUGCUUGUGUUAUGAAAGUUGGUUCAGGUUUACAUAAAAGUGAUGAUGGUCGUCCAUUAUGGUCACAACGUUUUAGUUUAGAACGUGGUUCAAGUUAUCGUCAAUUACAUGUUCGUUCUCCUCAUGGUUCACCUGAUUGGAUUUAUUAUAUUGGAAUUGAUGUUCGACAAGGUAAAGGACGUUUACGUCGAACAAAUUUUAUUUUUUUGAGUACACGAUAUAUGAUAAGUAAUCAAUGUUCAUAUGAUUUAUCCAUUGCACAACGACAUAUUGUUCGGGCUAUGUUACAAACGGGUGAUCAUAGUAAUUUAGAACAAAAUUGUUUAAAUGUGUUAAAAAAUUCAUUAGUUGCUUAUCAUUGGCCAAGAAGUGAUCUCGAUCAACUUUUAUGUGUUCGUGUUAUUAAUAAUAGUCAAUAUCGACAUGUUUAUUGGUCCGGUGGUUUUUUAAUUGAUCGUGUUAAUGCAUUUCAUAUUAAUUUAAGAUAUGAUAAUAAUCAAUGUUUAAUAUUAAGAGUACAAGUUAUUGAACGUGGUGGUACAUUUUUUGUUGUUUUCAUGGAUUCCAAUCAAAUGCCAGCACCUCUUCGUGUUAGUAAUCUAUCUGAUGUUCCUAUACAAUUUUAUCAAAGUGAAACACGAGAAGAAUUAACUUAUUUACGUGCAUUUAUUCAACCACAUCAAUCGAUUGAUUAUGCAUGGGAUGAACCGACACUUCGACAGACAAUAACAUGUUCUAUUGUUGGUGGUACAAAAGAAACUUAUGAUUUACAAAAAUUUGGUCAUGGAGAAAAUUUAUGUUAUGAAAAUCAUAUAUGUUUAGCAUUUGAACAAACAUUUCAAGAAGAACAAACAACACAAUAUCCA